AGUGAUUGGGUUAGAUUUGGGCUAGUUUUGAGGAUCAAUUGGACGGGUUUUGUUGUGAAAACCUGGCAACCAAUGUAAAAAUUUAACUUGUACAUAGCAGAACAGCAGUUUCAGCUGCAGUGUUGCAUUUCUUUAUAAACUUGGCUUCUUUAUAAAUGUGGUCCAAACGCCCAGUUUUUUGGUCAACACCCUUGGUAUUACAUCUGAAAUAUUAUUGGUGUAUUUCUAAUAGUUGAGUGAACACGCCUGCUAUUAUUUCAGUCCAGGUUCAGUCACAUUCCCUAACAUGUUGGGACUGGAAUGCAAAAUGAUGCAUUCGCUCACUUUCACAAGGCCGUUUCCCGUUUUCUCUCUCUCUCUCGAUCAUUCAUUUUGUGUUUAUAUCUUGAUGGUGUUACAUGGCAUGUGACGACUCUUAUACCGUCCUCAUCACCCCUCUCCAGAACAGCCUCUACAGCCCUGAUGCUCUGCACUGCUUCCACUGGCUGAAGAGACGUAGAGCUCUGGAAAGACAAAAGGACGUUCUGUGGGCUGGACUGCAGGUUGUGGAACAAACACAGCUGUGGUACCAGAAUCGCCUGCAGCUGAAUUUACAAAGGCACGUUAGCUUUGGCAUGGGAGACUUGGAUGGGGAGGGAAGGUGGUCCUGCGCUCUACGGUCUUGUAUGCAGCGUGUUAAUGGGAGCCUGGGUAGUUUGAUGAGCGACUCCUGUAUGUGGAACAAUCUGGCCCUAGAAGAGAGCGGAGGUUCCGAUUGGGACCUGCGGUGGAGCAAUGCCACACUGGUCAAGGAAGUUAAUCGACGGAAUCAACAGAUUUCCAAGUUGGAGCUUGAGAAGGCGCAACUACUUCAGCAGCUGGUGUCUUACCGCACAUCUGAUCCGCACAAACAUCCGCAUAUUUACAACAAAGGAGUUUCAAUCAAAUCGAACAGUGAACUGUAAAUCGUUAAAAUAAAUUUAAAAAGACUGAAUGUAAAAAAAUUAUUUAAGCUCUGUUGCAACCUGUCUUCCAUUAUUUAGCAGAAAGAGACCUAUAAAAGAGAAAGGGACCUAUAUACUUUUAAGUUGUUUUUUUCCCCCAAAAUAUUUGUUGAUACACGUGAUUUGCAUGAGAAUUAUACUUGUACAUGUUUUCUCUGUUAAUGUAGACGAAAUGUGUGAUGAAUGUAAUUAUGCUGCUGUCUUUGUUAAUGUUUUAAACUGGUUAUCUAUAUAUAAAACCUUAAAAGAAAUUUUUUAUUUAGAUGUAAGUGUGACUUUGUGAUCUGAUGUUAUAUCUGAAAUGAAAUUAAGUAUCUUGUGAGAGGAUCAACCAAAAGCUUCUACAAGAUUUGAAAAUCCAUGACCACAUAAUUUGAAAGAAUAAAAACCAAUAAAAAAUAAAAACCCAAAUUUCCCAUUUAUCCUAUAAUCUUAACCAAAAAAUGAUGCACCUUUUGAUGGAAAACCAUCACAAUGAUUAUUUCCAUUGAGAGGUGCAUCAUUUUUUGAUCAAGAUCUUGUAUUGACAAUGCAACAUCCCAAAGACUCAAUGAAAUUAAUGUCUGGACUCAGAGGUGCCAAUUCAUGUGUGGAAAUGAUUCUUCAUGCUCCCUCCCAACAAUUCUUUCACAAUUUGAGCCUGAUGAAUCUUGACAUUGUCAUCCUGGAAUAUGGCCAUGAUAC